AUGGAGAAAUACUUAGAGAACAACAACAUAACAGAAAAACAAAGAGACAGAGAAGACAGAGAAGACAGAGAAGACAGAGAAAACAGAGAAGACAGAGAAGACAGAGAAGACAGAGAAGACAGAGAAGACAGAGAAGACAGAGAAGACAGAGAAGACAGAGAAGACAGAGAAGACAGAGAAGACAGAGAAGACAGAGAAGACAGAGAAGACAGAGAAGACAGAGAAGACAGAGAAGACAGAGAAGACAGAGAAGACAGAGAAGACAGAGAAGACAGAGAAGACAGAGAAGACAGAGAAGACAGAGAAGACAGAGAAGACAGAGAAGACAGAGAAGACAGAGAAGACAGAGAAGACAGAGAAGACAGAGAAGACAGAGAAGACAGAGAAGACAGAGAAGACAGAGAAGACAGAGAAGACAGAGAAGACAGAGAAGACAGAGAAGACAGAGAAGAUAGAGAAGACAGAGAAGACAGAGAAGACAGAGAAGACAGAGAAGACAGAGAAGACAGAGAAGACAGAGAAGACAGAGAAGACAGAGAAGACAGAGAAGACAGAGAAGACAGAGAAGACAGAGAAGACAGAGAAGACAGAGAGGACAGAGAAGACAGAGAAGACAGAGAAGACAGAGAAGACAGAGAAGACAGAGAAGACAGAGAAGACAGAGAAGACAGAGAAGACAGAGAAGACAGAGAAGAUAGAGAAGACAGAGAAGACAGAGAAGACAGAGAAGACAGAGAAGACAGAGAAGAUAGAGAAGACAGAGAAGACAGAGAAGACAGAGAAGACAGAGAAGACAGAGAAGACAGAGAAGACAGAGAAGACAGAGAAGACAGAGAAGACAGAGAAGACAACAACAGACAGAACAAGAGACAGAACAACAGACAGAACAACAGACAGAAC